CAAUCACUGUGCAGCAAUACAAAGAAGAAGAAAACGGAGGUAGUAGAGAGCCAUGUCCAAUGAAGACACCACCAAAGAGGCCAAUACCAACGAGUGCCCCGUCUGCUAUGAACGCCUCCAGAACCCAAGUAUAUCUGAGCGGAGGUUGAGCUGCGGCCACUCCUUCUGCCAUGACUGCUUGGUGAAGUAUCUCAUGACCGCCAAGAAGGAAGGCGCGACCAACAAGAACAUAAUUUGUCCCCUGUGCCGCUAUGUGACAUUUCUAACCAACAGGGGCCUUAUUUUACCGCCAAGGACGGGAGAACCCAACCGGAUCUUGGAGGUCCCCAUCACUCCGCCAUGCCUUCGGCACACUUCUCUUCUCGGAAACCCCAACACUUUGAUCAUUCCCAUCACCGAGGCCAGUGAAUCAGACAACCCGUAUCUUUCCAGAUGCACGUGCCUUGCAGACACCAACCUUGACUCGUUGAACCACACACACGGUUCCCAAGUCUUUAUCAUCAGCGACCAAGGGCAGCCGAUGUGUAACGAGGACAUAAACGGCCCGACGAUAACCCAGCCUGUGGAUGCAAGGGUCAGCUGCUGUCGGUCUCCAUCUAUAAUCAUGGUCCUGUUAGUGAUAUUUCUUGUGGCUGUCUUGGCCGCGGUGCUGCCGUGGAUACUUUUGGUCAAAAAAAUGUGAAG